GGGGCCUAUGACCUGCGCCGGCCCCGCCCCCGCAGCCUGGAGCCCACGCUGGUGGCCCGAGGUGGCUGAGAGGAAGUCCGGCACUGUCACGAGUAUCUGGCUUCCGUCCUCUAUGGCCGCCGCACUGCUCGCCCGGGCCUGCGGCCCCGUCCGCGGAGCUCUCCGGCCUUGGGACUGGCGCCUCUUACAUACCAUCUACCAGUCUGUGGAGCUGCCCGAGACACACCAGAUGCUACGUCAGACAUGCCAGGACUUUGUGGAGAAGGAGCUCUUUCCCAUUGCGGCCCAGGUGGACAAGGAACAUUGCUUCCCGGCAGCUCAGAGGCACUGGGGAUUGAACGCAGGACCUCAUGCACGCCAAGCACACACUCUGCCAGUGAAGAAGAUGGGUGAGCUGGGGCUCAUGGCCAUGGAUGUGCCCGAGGAGCUGAGCGGUGCUGGCCUCGAUUACCUGGCCUACGUCAUCGCCAUGGAGGAGAUCAGCCGGGGCUGCGCUUCCACCGGCGUCAUCAUGAGUGUCAACAACUCCCUCUACUUGGGGCCGGUCCUGAAGUUCGGCUCUGAGAAGCAGAAGCAGCAGUGGAUCACUCCUUUCACCAGCGGCGACAAAAUUGGCUGCUUUGCCCUCAGUGAACCAGGGAGUGGCAGCGACGCGGGAGCCACUGUCACCACCGCCAGGGAAGACGGUGACUCAUGGGUCCUGAAUGGCACCAAAGCCUGGAUCACCAACGCCUGGGAGGCCUCAGCCGCCGUGGUCUUCGCCAGCACGGACAGAUCUCUGCAGAACAAGGGCAUCAGUGCCUUCCUGGUUCCCAUGCCAACACCUGGGCUCACGCUGGGGAAGAAGGAAGACAAGUUGGGCAUCCGGGGCUCGUCUACUGCCAACCUCAUCUUUGAAGAGUGUCGGAUUCCCAAGGACAACCUGCUGGGAGAGCCGGGGAUGGGCUUCAAGAUCGCCAUGCAAACCCUGGACAUGGGCCGGAUCGGCAUCGCCUCCCAGGCCCUGGGCAUCGCCCAGGCCGCCCUCGACUGUGCUGCGAACUAUGCGGAGAACCGCGAGGCCUUCGGGGUGCCGCUCAGCAAGCUGCAGGCCAUCCAGUUCAAGUUGGCGGACAUGGCCCUGGCCCUGGAGGGUGCCCGGCUGUUGACCUGGCGUGCUGCCAUGCUGAAGGAUAAUAAGAAGCCUUUCAUCAAGGAGGCGGCAAUGGCCAAGCUGGCUGCAUCAGAGGCCGCAACCAACAUCAGCCACCAGGCCAUGCAGAUCCUGGGUGGCAUGGGCUACGUGACCGAGAUGCCGGCUGAGCGGCACUACCGUGAUGCCCGCAUCACCGAGAUUUACGAAGGCACCAGUGAGAUCCAGAGGCUGGUGAUCGCCGGGCACCUGCUCAGGAGCUACCGGAGCUGAGCCCUCUGUUGGGCUUACCAGUGCCCACCGGGAGCCACACCUGCCUGAGGACCGUAGGAAGGUGGGGUGGGAACCCCGUGGCCUUCACCCUGACUCCCAGGCAGAGACUGUGGGGCAGAAGGGCGGGGGCCACGUCUCCUCUUGCUAGGACCUCCGGGUGGACCUUCUGCCCUCACCUCCCUCCCCUAGACCAAACUGCCUGGGAGUACAACUCGGAGAAAAGAAGGCAGGGCUGUGACCUGGGCUCAGGACACCCAUCUUCAGCUCAGUUUCUUGGCUUCGCUCCCUCCCACCCACCGACUGUGCCUUAUUUCCAUUAGCCGGUGGCGGGGCCGUGGGAAGAAUGAAAUGACCACUCAUGGACUCCCCUGUUCUGUGGGUCCUGGUGCUCAGCUGAGACCGCUCUUGGCAGUGUCUGCUCUUUCCCCUGAGGUCAGGGGUGAGGAGGUGUGGGGUGGGGGCCAGAAUGACCAGGCCUUGAGGCCGUCUUGGGGCUGGGACUUUGUGGAAGCCCCCCUGUGCCUCAUUAGCCUGUUGUUUGUCAAGUAUAAGUGAGUGCAGGUGGGUGGAAUGAUUCGUGCUUUGGGAUAAUCAUGUGUGGCAACCGAGUGUAAGUAAUAAAGCGUACCUGCCCCCA